AUGUCUCUGGAAUCACUGCACUUCAUUAUUCAGAAUUUGAACUCACCUCCGUUCAACUGUAAUACUUCUCUUAUCGCCUUCGAUCUCUGGUCGUCGACUAACCUUUUGCAGCAGCUUAGUGAUGUGAUCAGCUGGAUAACACAAACCAAGAAGGUCGAUGUAAUGAGAGAAACAGCCGAGGAAACUGCGCUUCGUCUUCUGCACAAACUGAAAAUUCUUAAAUUCGAAGCUCCUACUGAUAUUGGAGAUCUUGAAGAAUGGAGGUGCGGCCUUGUUGAAGGUACUAAACGGUCCAUAUAUCCAAUACUGUCCUAUCUUUUCACGAACAUUGAUACUCUGAAGCAAAGAGCGUACUUGGCAAAAUACUUAGUAAAGUGCAACGUGUGCCUUCACACUACGCCAGCGUUAUUUGUGGAGGUCCCGAGUGACGUGCAUGAUAUAGACACGUCACAAAUGCAGAACGACGUCGCAGUGUUGAUGGAGAGAUUCAAGGCGACGCAUACGCGCGUAUUAGAUGUGCAGCAAUACAGUAUGUUUAUUGAAGACAUUAGAUCCGAUUUAAAAUCUAUGGUGGUGGAGAAAGAUGUGUUGUCUAAAAAGAUUGAAAAAGCUCUCAAGGAGAUGGGAUAUCUUUCAACUCUCGAAAGACAAAUGACUGCAGUUAAUGAGCUUCGGCUACAGAAAAGUCGUCUCAGUGCGCUGGACAUACAACGUUUUGAACAGCGCGAAGCGGUGAUUCGCGCAGAGACGAAGAUUCAUCGUCUCAAGGACUAUCUCAUGGAACUGCAUGUCUCAUCAGAAAACCUUGAUCCAUCGAAUUUGAUCAUUCCGCUGGAGGGCGAGAUAACAACGAACACGUAUCUUGUGGAUGUUAAACUUGCUCUACAACUUCAACAGAAACGGAAUGUUGUUGGUGAAUUAAGCAAGGUAGCAAACAUGCCGGCAGUCGAUCAAUCUGACAUUGUUAAUCUACGAUCCGAGGUGAGUGCGGGGUCGAAUGAAAUCCUACAAGCCGAACAGGAAAAAGACAAAUGUGAAGAAAGAAACGACGAGAAUUCUAGCAUUUUUCGGCAACAAGCGUCAAGUGUCGAAAGAAGGAAAGACGCAACUGCUCAGAAAAUGCAGGAAGCAAGUGAUAGAAAAGAGUCUCCUGAUUCCGGAGGAAAGCCUGGUACGGUAGCGCCAGGUGGGACGGGGUUGCAGGAGUCAUGUAGGCUACCGAAACGGAAAAGGACUAGGAUGGCGAUCUGUACUUAUAACGCACGUACGCUUGUAUCGGAAGUGGCUAUCGAAGAUCUGAUGAUGCAAGCCAAGAAGAUCAAGUACGACGUCAUCGGACUGACCGAGACGAGACGACGUCACCCUCUCAACGCCGUAUAUGAAACUGGAGAAGAACUGUUCUUAGGAACAUGCGACAGUAGAGUUGUUGGUGGAGUUGACGUCCUCGUCAACACGAGAACGGCAAAGAACAUCGACUCUUUCGAACAACUUACGACCCGAAUCGGACGUCUGCGGAUGAGAAGAUGUGGUCCCACACCAGCUUUGACUAUCUUCGUCGCUUACGCUCCAACAUCAAGCUACGAAGAAGAAGUCGAAGCUUUCUAUAUGGACCUGGAGAAGUUCUACCGAGAAGACCAUGCCUUCUACAAGGUCAUAAUUGGCUAUUUCAACGCCAAAGUUGGCGCAAGAAGAACGCCGGAGGAACUUCACAUCGGGACCCACGGCCUACAAUGGAAUGACCAGGGGGAGAGGCUCUCCGAGUUCAUCAUGACGACUAAGCCCAUCCAUGGGAACUCGCAAUUCCAGAAGCCUUCCUCUCUACGCUGGACGUGGGAGUCACCCGGUGGAGGGUGCGGUAAUGAAAUAGACCACAUCGUCGUCAAUAAAAGGUUCUCCCUGACGGAUGUCGCUGUUGUGCCAAAGUUCUAUACGGGAUCGGACCAUCGCCUCCUCCGAGGAAAAUUUUCCUUCACAAGGAGAGCAGAGAAAGCCGCCAAGUUCAGAGAGAGAAAUCCCAGGACUGCCAUCAACUGGGAUCUCUUCGCUACGCUAGCCGGCUUUUGGGAAGAUUCCGCAAUGGACAACAUCGACGAGGAAUAUGACCGGCUUGUUGAACACCUUCACGACUGCGCGAAGAAGGCUGAGAGUUUUAAAACCACCAAGAGGCGCCUGUCUCUUGAAACUCUUGAGCUGAUACGCCAGCAGAGAAGAGGAGAGGUGCUGGCUGAAGCUGCAGAGGCGGGGAAAGCAUCCGCUAUGCCCGUCGAGUUCGCCGUCGCAGACGAGGAUGACUGCUCUCCGGAACCCAAGGGAACGCCAUUGCUCGAGAAGGGAGGUGGGAAAUCUCUCGCUUUUCUGUUUUCGACAGCCUGUCUUGCCUCCUCCUCUGAGGGAAGAUGGACGUUGGGUUCUCCGUCGAAAUACGACAUGCUAUCUGUCGAUCCACAUGACAUCGGCAACUAUCGCCCAAUCUGCCUACUGUCCGUCAUCUACAAGCUCUUUACAAGAGUGAUCCUUAAUAGGAUUGAAAAAGUCUUGGAUGAAGGACAGCCAUGCGAGCAAGCAGGGUUUCGAAAAGGAUUCAGCACGAUUGACCACAUUCACACUGUUUCGAAACUCAUCGAGUUAUCACGAGAGUACAAGAUACCGCUCUGUCUCACCUUCAUUGACUUGAAGAAGGACUUCGACUCAGUUGAGACGGAAGCGGUCGUGGAAGCCUUGGACAACCAAGGCGUCCCUACUCAGUACAUAAAGGUGCUUCGAGAGUUGUACAGUAGCUUCACGACCAGAACUUCGCCAUUCUACAAGAACAUCAUCAUUGACGUGAAGAGGGGAUCCGACAGGAUGACACAAUUUCACCCAAAAUAUUCACAGCUACCCUCGAGGACGCAAUGUGAAAGUUGGAAUGGGACGACAUGGGAGUGA